AUGUCGGGUCUUAAAUCUGACAUAGAAAAAGGAGAAAUGCAGGGUGAGUGGAAAACUUUUGAGAAGCAGAGAGAGGAGUUGUUGCGGGCGCUGAAGGUCAUGCGACCUGGGAGCGCGCCAGAGAAAAAAUCAGAGGUUGCAGCUGUGGCAACAAAGAUCAAGGAGUUGUGUGAGAAUGAAGGAGCGAGAGGAGAUUUACGAGGUUCAUUGGCAAAAGUGCUUCUGGGGGUAGCACAGAAGCGGCAGGAGCAAGAGCAGGAGAUUAGUAAACAGAUAGAGGAGGCCUCAGUUUGGGGGAGGCGGAGGCUAAGAAGCCAGUUGCAAGAAGUGCAGGAGGAGAGAGCCCGCGUAACAAGGUGGGCAGUGACAUGUCAGGGGGUGGAGCAUUGGAUGAGGGAGCGAAAGGAGGAGCCUGAUAAGCUGAUGCUGCCGGCUACCCCGGUGAAGUCAUCGCUCACUAGCUCCCCUCCUCCCUAUCAGGCCCCCGCCCCCCUCUAUCCUGUGCUGAGAGUAGAGCAGGGCUGUCUCUCUGGUGGGGAUGGCCAAGUGUUAGAGGUUACAGGAGGCUAUGUAGAUUGUGAAAUAUCUAAAGAGUCCAAACGGCCAACUCCAACACCGAAGAGUGGAAUAUUAAAGCAAAAUUCUACUUUUGUCGGUGAGGAGGGAGCCUGUGGCGGAGCACAAGCCCCGCCCAUGAAACAGUCACCUCAGCAGGAAGAGAGUGAAGAAGAUAGGGCUGUGCGGCUGGUUGAAACAGUUAUAUCGACUUUAGAGCAACGAUAUCAGAUUUCUGAUGAUGAGUUAGGGAGUGGAAUAGUUGUUGCACCACAGGUGGGAAAAGGUGAGGUGUGCGGCCCUUAUGAGGACGCAUACGAGGGAUGGUUAUCUGGCACACUUGAUGACAAUAUUCAAGUGGGCGGCUGUGGGAAGCAGAGACUUGAAGCAGGGCCAGAGCUAGGAGGGGCCUUUCACAAUAGGGUAGCUAGAGAAAAAGCAGGGAGAGGCAGAGUAGUCAGGCCCAAACCCGGAAACAUACCACACCCCAUGGUGCGUCGAAGUCAGGAUGAGAGGGACAAUCUUUCUUUGCCUGGAGAGUUCCCCCUGGUGGUGACCGCUGGGGGUCACAUGAAAUACAAGCCAUACGGAGUGGGAGAUGUUAAUGCAUUGACUGAAUUAUUACCUCCUAUUACAGAUGGAGGUGCGGGGUGGUUGAGAGAGUUUGACAGAGCAACAACAGGUGUUCAAUUGGCUCUGGGAGAUUUCAGAGCUGUGGUUGCCAGAUGUGUCAAAGGCACAGCUCUGGAUGAUAUAGAGAAGAUAGCAGGCACAGGAUUGAUGGUUGAUAGCACCCCAUUUUGUCGUGUUGUGAAUGUAAUAUCACAUGCAUUACGUGAAAAAUAUCCCACUCCAAAUGCUGCAAAGAUUUUGAAGCUGUUGUGGAAGCCUGAUCAAACUCCAAGGGAGUACAUUGAACAGGCUAAAGCUACGUGGGCCCUUAGAACAGGCCAGCAUCCCGGUAGAGAAGGGAUGCAACAAUUGUGGUUCAGAGAAGCUGUGUUAAAAGGUGUGCCCGAACAGGCCAUGUUAGAUAACCCCGACAUGGAGGGGGCGGAGUCUCACGUGUGGGAGAAGCAUCUGGUGCAUCGCCUGCAGAAAGCUCAUGAUGAGGCUAUGGCUAAGGAUGAGGACACAGAUAACAUGAAAGAGCAAUUGUUGAAAUUACAGCUGGGUGAAGCGAGGCUGACACACAGGGACCUGCGCGAGGAACAAAUUGGGGUGGCCGUGGGGUCGGUAGAGGAAAUUGGGGUUCACGUGGUGGUCAACGGGGAGGAGGCGGCGGCAUGGGCAGGCAAAGGGACUGGACAUUGGGCUCGAGAGUGCCCUGAACCACCUCAACCAGGUUAUCAGCCACGUCCGGCCAUAAGGGGGCGCGGGCGUUGGUCGGCCCCAAACUCCCAGAUGGCUCCUCUAGGGCAACACAGUCCAGAGGCAGAAAAUGGGAUUGCAGAAACAAUUUCAGGGCUUCUGCAGGUGGGUGUGCUGGAGCCGUCUUCCUCUGCAUGGAAUACUCCAAUCCUCCCAGUUGAAAAAUCAGGCACGGGCAAGUAUCGCAUGGCACAUGACCUUAGGGCAAUAAACGCUGUCCUUAAGACAUCAACAGUACCUGUACCAAAUCCCUACACAGCUUUGACUAAUUUAUCUCCAGAUCAGCGGUGGUUCACAUGCAUAGAUUUGGCAAAUGUUUUCUUUUGUCUCCCUCUGCAUCCAUCUUUGAGAGAUAUCUUUUCAUUUACUUACAGGGGCCAGCAGCUGCGUUACACUCGGUUGCCGCAGGGCUUUGCCCUUUCACCUGGGAUUUUUAAUCAGGUACUUAAAAAUGCUCUUUCUCCAUGUGUAUUGCCUGAAGGAUGCACACUGAUCCAGUAUGUGGACGAUUUGCUGAUUGCUGCUAAAACAGCUGAUGCUUGCUUUCAAGCGACGAUGACGGUGCUUCGUCAGCUGGCCAAAACAGGCUUUAAAGUAAGUAAAGACAAACUUCAACUUGUCAGAACUGAAGUUACAUUUCUAGGUCGGGUGGUGGCGAUGCAGACGGUGGGCAUGUUGGCAUCCCAAAGGGAAACAAUUAUGUCACACCCCCAGCCACGUACUGUUAAAGAAAUGUUGUCAUUUCUUGGACUUACAGGUUACAGUAGACACUACAUUCCUGACUAUGUGGGCAAAACCAAACCUUUGCGGGAUUUGGUGAAAGAACAUGGUAUGAGAGACCUCACAGCUAAUCUGAACUGGACCACUGAAGCUGAAAUGCAGUUCAUAGAACUAAAACAGGCCCUGUCUCGUGCAGCAAAUUUGGCAAUCCCCGAUUAUAACUCUGAUUUCUUUGUUGAUGUUUCUGAAACAAAUGGAGUGGUGAAUGGUGUUUUGUUUCAGAAAAAAGGGGGAAGGAGACGAGUGCUGAUGUAUAUCAGCAUUGGCCUGGAUAAUAUGGAAAAAAGACACCCCACGUGCACACAACAUGCAGCGGGGGUAGCAAAAAUAAUUCAGAAAGUGGCCCACGUUGUGAGAGGGCACCCACUGAGAGUGCUAACAUCACACAGUGUGGUGGCCUAUGUGAAUUCACAGGCAUUCACAAUGACCCCAUUGAGACAACAGAGACUGACUAAGAUUCUGGAGUCUCCAAACUUGACCUUCACACAUGAAGAGAUCAACAUGGCAGACCAGAUGGGAGGGGGGACACCUCAUGACUGUGCACAAAUAGUAGAGGUUGAGGAGAAAGUAAGGUCAGAUCUGAGAGCAGAACCGGUGAAUGAGGCAGAUGAUUAUUUCACAGAUGGGUGUUGUUUUAGGGAUCCGAGUGAAGGAUUGAAAACAGGUUAUGCAGUGGUGAAAGGAGUCGGAAACCAGCUGCAUGUGGAGAAAUCAGGGACACUGGAAGGACCUCAAUCAGCGCAGAGAGCAGAGCUUAUUGCAGUGAUAGAAGCUCUGAGAUUAGGGAAAGGAAAAAGAGUUAACAUUUAUACAGACUCAGCAUAUGUGUUUGGAGCAGCACAUGUGGAACUGGGGCAAUGGAGGAGGGCUGGAUUUAGAACAGCCUCAAAUAAACCGAUCAAACACGAGGAGGAGAUGAGACAGCUGGAGGACGCUCUGAAAGAACCCUUGGAGGUGGCCAUCAUAAAGUGUAAAGGGCAUGACGAUUCCAACACUUGGGUGGCAAAAGGAAACAGAGCAGCCGACGAGGAAGCAAAACGGGCGGCAGGAUAUCAAGAAGGAAAACAAAUGGUAAGUAUGGGUAUGGAAUGGGGAAACCUGCCAGCCCAACAACGAGAGGACAUUGAAAAGGCGCAAAAAAGAGCCUCGCCUGAGGAAAAGGCGGUGUGGCAGGAGAGAGGGGCCGUACAAUCAGAAGGAUUGUGGAGAGGACCUGACGGGCGGCCAGUACUCACAGCAGAAAUGGCCCAGGAGAAAAUUAAAGAAGCUCAUGGGCUAGGACAUGUAGGAGUGGCCCAAAUGGAGAGGGACUUGUGUCAUUGGUGACAUCCCUACAUGAAAAACAUGGUAAGGGAACACGUGAGAACAUGCCUGAUCUGUGGACAAUAUAAUCCAAAGCCCACCAUGAAACCAGAAAUGGGUAAGUUUCCUUUGCCAGGAAGACCAGGCCAGGAAAUCGUGAUUGAUUAUACUGACAUGAUAACUACCGUUCGAGGGUUUAGAUAUCUGUUGGUGUGUGUGGAUGCUCUGACCGGCUGGCCAGAGGCGUGGCCAACACGCAGAGAAGACAGUAAAACGGCGAUCAAAUGUCUGGUGAAUUAUUAUGUCCCCUGGCAUGGAUUUCCAGAGAAGGUAAGAUCAGAUAAUGGCACUCACUUUAAAAAUCGAGAUCUCGCUGAGGUGGAAUGUAUGUUGGGGUUGCAACAUAGAUAUGGUACAGUUUACCAUCCACAAUCUCAGGGAAAAGUGGAGAGAAUGAACCAAAAUCUGAAAAACAAAUUGGCAAAAAUCUGUGCACAAACAAACAUGAAUUGGGUCGAUGCUCUUCCCAUAGCACUUAUGAGUGUGAGGUGCUCCGUUAAUCAGAGCACCGGGUUUACCCCAUAUGAACUGCUGACAGGGAGACAGUUUCCAGGCCCUGCAGCAGGGGUAAGAGAAUUAAGGGAGGGAGUAAAUGUGUCUGAACAUGUGAAACAGUUUAAAGCACUAAAAGCUCAGGUGGGAGACCCGACCGGGAAGGAGGUGACCACGCCGGAGGUGAAAUGGGUGUGGCUGAAGGUGUAUAAGCGGAAGUGGGACGAGCCAAGGUGGACGGGACCUUUCGAGGUGACCACUCGAACCUCUCAUGCGGUCCAGCUGAGAGGCAAGGGCGACACUUGGUAUCACUGGAGCCAGUGUGCGGUGGCAGAGGAGCCUAGGCGGUCGGAGAGGCUUUUAGUGAAAAAGGGGGACACGGCCGUGACCCCAAAGAACGCAGAUCUUAGUAAAGAAGGGGCAGAAUAA